AUGACCAUCCACGACAUUCUCGCCGGGAUCGAAGAGAUCAAGGCCGAGCUCAAGGAAGUGACAUCACAUCUCAAAAGCGUCGAGAAGCGGGUCGUACGUGUCGAGACCUUACUCCAACAACGCAACGAUUCGGCGGUUUCUAUACCUGCACCGUCAACACAAGGGCUCGCGCAUGAUGCUAGCGGUCGGAAAGACAGACCUCAGACGCAAGCCUCCUUGGACUUGAUACCCGACGUGAUUCCCCAGCCCACUCAAUAUCAUUCGGCCGCCGAGUCGCAAGGUCAUACGACCAGGUAUGAUCAUAACGCAGGGUUCAGUCACAAUUCCCGCACUGGUGGUUACCAGCCGCAUCAAGCCCAACACAACCUCCCAGCCGAACUACCUGGAGAACCUGAAUUUGUGGAGCCGCAUGUGGGGGAGAACACAUUGGCGCCGAAUACAGUCAACUAUCCUACUCUGCCACCCUCUCUCGCUGCGCCUCCUCCUGUAGAAUCAGGACAAUCCCGAAGGUUGCAUUUACGUGAGUCAAAUUAA